AUCAAUAUUGAGUAAAAUAAAUUAAAAAAGAAAGAGGAAGAAGAACAAUGGCUACAACAACCACAUUAUCUCUUCCUCUAUUAACCUCCAAGAAUCAAAGAACUUCUUCUAAAAUUAGCAUUCCAAAUAAAGAUGCCAUAAACUUAGGGUUUAUAACUUACAAGACUACUUUGAGAAAGCAUAGCUCAACUAAGCUCAACGGUCAACUAACCGAGAUCGAGCCCGACCUCGAGGAAGACGAGCACGAGUGGUGGAGGACCAACGGCGUUAGUCCGGAAGACUUCAAAUAUGGAGAAUAUGAUGAUCAUCACACCUACUUUGAACGAGAAGGGGGAUUUGAGGGAUUUUGGGAAGCUCUUAAGAAAGAGUAUGAAUCAGCAGAGCCACCAACUGGCUUCCAAGGGCUAAUCUCUUGGUUGUUUCCUCCGGCAAUAAUUCUUGGCCUUAUUUACAAUGUCCCGGGUGAAUAUUUAUACAUUGGAGCUGGAAUAUUUGUGGUGAUAUUCUGUGGAAUUGAAAUGGGGAAACCAGAUAAACCACAUAACUUUGAGCCAGAGAUAUACAACAUGGAGAGGAGCGCUAGAGACAAGUUAAUAGCUGAUUACAACACCAUGGAUAUUUGGGAUUUCAAUGAGAAAUAUGGUCAUCUUUGGGACUUCACUGUCAAACGUGACAGACCUUUUUCAUAAUCUCAUCAUCUUCCUCUUUUAUCAACUUAAUUUACAUGGUGUAUGUAUAUAACAUAUUAUAUAUCUACUUGUGUUUUGUUUUUUUUGAAUAAACUUGUGUUUUGUUUUAA